AUGCCACUUACGAUCUUGGUGAAAGGUACUGUAGGAGAUGGUUUCACUGGAGACAUUGGACUUGAUGACAUGUCUUUUCUAGGCUGUACUCUUUACAAUGGAAACUUGCCAACAAUCUCUACAACUACUUCAGGAACUUCAGCUCCUACCACCCUCCCCGUGAACAACUGCACAGAGGAGGAGUUUGUCUGCAGGGCCUCUGGCAGUUGCAUCCAGAUGAUCCAGAAGUGUGAUUUUAGACCUGACUGCUCUGAUAAGUCUGAUGAAUCAGCUUGUGCUAUGGAAGUCUGCGACUUUGAAGACAAAACCCAGUGCGGAUGGUAUCAACCAGCCUUGGAACAGACAUCAGAAAAUGGUUCCAUCCAUACCACAAACAUAUUCAAGUGGGAACUUGGAAGAGGGGCAAAUCUCUACCCUGGGCAAGAAAAACACUGCCCAUUAAAUGAUCAUACUACGUGUACUGAAGAAGGGUGGUAUCUGUUUGCAGACAGCUCGAAUGGAGAAUUUGGUCACACAGCUGACAUCGCUACGCCAGUCAUCUCACUUACAGGGCCCAAAUGCAAAGUCAUAUUCUGGAAUCACAUGAAUGGUUCAACAGUAGGUUCUCUGGAGGUACUCUGUAAAACCAGUGACAGGACUUCUAAACUGUGGACUCAAAGUGGCAGCCAGGGUGCCCAGUGGAACAGAGCAGAAGUAUUCUUAGGAAUUCGUUCGAAUUUUCAGGUUGUUUUCAGGGCAAAACGUGGUGUCAGUUACAUGGGAGACGUGGCAGUGGAUGAUAUCACCUUUGAAGAUUGUUCCCCUUUGCUCAUCCCAGGCAGACCUUGCAAAUCAGAGGAAUUCACAUGUGCCAACAAGUACUGCAUCCCAAAGGAUAAUCUGUGUGAUUUUGUAAAUGACUGUGCAGAUAACUCAGAUGAGAGCCCUACUAUUUGCAGUACAUCUAUUGGGCAUUGCAAUUUUGAGUUUGAUCUUUGUGGAUGGAAGCAGGAUGGAAACGAUGAUUUUGACUGGAACCUCAGAACUAGCACUACUACAAAAAUGGGCACUGGACCAGCAACUGAUCAUACAUUGCAAGAGCCAUCUGGUCAUUAUAUUUUUAUAAAGAGUUCGUUUCUUCAGCUGCCAGGACAGAAAGCUAGGAUUUCUAGUCCUGUCCUAAGCAGAAGGAAUAAAAACUUACAGAUACUUUUCUAUUACCAUAUGUAUGGAGCUCACAUUGGAUCUUUGAUUGUCUACCAGAGGACUAUCGCGAAACAUGAAAAAAUUCUCCUUAAUCUUACUGGAAACCAGGGAAAUUUCUGGCAGUUCAAGGCACUGAUCCUGGCUGGAGAUGAAGAUUUCCAAGUUGUCUUUGAAGGGAUAGCUGGAAAAGGUCCCAGAGAUGGCAUAGCACUUGAUGACCUCGCAUUUUCCAGGGAGUGCUUACCAUCCCAGGAGUUUUUACCAGCAGAACCCACAACGCUGCCUCCAACAGGCUCCUGCUUACAUGGCUAUUGGCAGUGUCAGAAUGGCAAAUGUUACAGACCAGAACAAAGCUGUGAUUUUGAAGACAACUGUGGGGAUAAUACAGACGAGAGUGAAUGUGGAACUUCCUGUGACUUUGAGAACGGCAGGUGUGGCUGGCAAAAUUCCCUGGCAGACAAUUUUAACUGGGUGCUAGGGGUCAGCUCGCCUCAAAGUCUUAGACCUCCCAGGGACCACACGCUGGGAAAUAGAACUGGACAAUUCCUGUAUCUUGAGGCCACUGCAAUAGGACUAAAAAAUGAAAAAGCCCAUGUGAAGAGUUCCAGAUGGAAAGAAUCCAGUGGGAUUUGCGUGAUGAGCUUCUGGUAUUUCAAGUCAUCUAAGGCCAUGGGACAUAUUCAAGUUCUGAUUAAGACUGAUGAUGGGAUUGUGAAUAUAUGGAGUGAAUCAGGAAAUCAUGGUGAUGAGUGGAACAAAGUUGAGUUACACUUGGGGAAACUGAGGAAUUUUGAAGUUAUCUUUGAAGGCAUUCGUACCAGAGACCUAGGAGGAGGAGCAGCGAUAGAUGACAUAGAGUUCAACAACUGCACCACAAUUGGAGAGAAUCCCAAGGAAUGUCCUGCCCUCACUGAUUUCCUGUGUGAGAAUGAGAAUUGCAUAGAGUCUCGUUUCGUCUGCGACUACAAACCAGACUGUGAAGACCUAUCAGAUGAAGCUGACUGCAGUUAUUACACAAGUAUUCCUGGAAGCUGUAACUUUGAAACACAAGAUCAAGAAUGGACCACUGUAUGUGGAUUAACACAAGACCCUAGUGAUGAUUUUGACUGGGAUAUUAGCAACAGCGCUGUCAUAGGACAAACGGGUCCUGAUACUGACCAUACACCAGGUAAAGGACAGCAUUUUUUGUAUGUAAACUCGUCUGCCCAGAAGGAAGGAAACAGAGCAAGGAUAAUUACCACCAAACUCUUCCCAGCUAGCCUUGGGGUCUGUAGGGUUCGGUUCUGGUUCUGGAUGUUCGCUUCUAGGCAAACAGGAGUCUUAAAGGUAUACACAGCUGAAGAACAUGGAAUGGAUAUUCUUAUGUGGUCUUCUAGUAGAAAUGAAGAAAACAAAUGGAUGUAUGCAAAUGUAGUCCUCUCCAGUAACAGCCCUUUCAGAGUUGCUUUUGAAGCUGAAGUGGGGUGUAGUGAACCUACAGAAUUUGCUCUUGAUGACAUUUCUUUCACACCAGAAUGCAUCGACGGAGAAUCAGGUGAUCCACACCCUCCAACUUGCAGUAGUGGCCAGUUCACAUGUGCAUACAUGCAGCAGUGUUUGCCCCUCGCUGUGAAAUGCAAUGGGGCUGAAGAUUGCAUGGAUGGAAGCGAUGAAACGAACUGUCCCACGGACAUGCCUGCCACCAUGUCUCCAGGCUCCUGCAAGCAAACAGAAUUCCUGUGUCCUUCCGAAGGCUGUAUCCCAUCCCUGCUGAAAUGCGAUGGUGUGCCUGACUGCCACCUUAACGAAGAUGAAGUGGGCUGCC